CUAACCCAACAAAAGGCAGAUCCGGCUGGUUGGGAUGGAAACGGAGUCAGGGGGUGAAGAGGACUGGAGACACACAUACACACACUCACAAAGCCAAACAUUACUACGUGAAUAUUCACACAAACACAUAGAGGUGGUAAGGAGGUUUGAGCUUCACCCCUCCUGAUCAUGACGACUCAUGAAUGUUUGCCUGCUCUCGUCCUUCUCACACACAGACUAUCAGAGUCUGCGGGUACCUGAAGGUUGACUACAGAUGUUUUACACCAUGUCAGCUGUGACCAAUCAGCCUCUUCCCUUUGGCCGACUUGAGCGAGAGAAGCACAUCCAGAUGAUCUUUAGAGCUUUCCAGAACCGCUGCGGGCCUUCGUGUGAGUGCCACGAUCACUCACCUGCACCCAAAACCCACCAAACGCCUCCUGACUGGGAAUCUGCUGAGCUGCAUCAGCUGUCAGAUCUGCAUGCUCCUGAGAGGAAGGUGGAGAACAGCUACACACAGCCACCACCAGGGAAAGUGAGCAGGCCAGCGGUGGAGGAGCGGUGGCUUGGAGGGGCAGCAGGAUCACACUUCAUGUCUGUGCUGGAAACAGUCAAUCAGAUACAUGUCACUGCCAGACCAGAGCUGCAAGGUCCACAGUGUGUUCCCAGGAGGAUCUACAGCAUCAGCACCGGAGGCCGCAGGUCACAGUUAUUUGUGGCUGUGGAAGAGAGUUCCUGUGUGUGCCUCCAGUGUUGUGGUCCGGCUCGGUCCUGUUCCUUGCAGGGCUUCGACUGUCAGGGCCGACAGGUUUUUUAUUUUGAAAGGCCCCUCAGGGUGGAUGCCUGCUGCCUCGGCUGCUGCCUGAUGGAGAUGAGGGUCUACACACCGCAAAAGCAUCUUAUCGGCACGGUGUGUCAGAGGUGGAGCAUGUUCACCCCUCUACUGGAAGUGCGUGAUUCAGAAGGAGCGUUGACCAGCAGGAUCCAGGGCUCCUGCUGCCCGUACCGCUGUUUCUCCAAUCAACAAUUCCAGAUUGUCUCCAACAUUGGUGAGAAAAUGGGCACAAUAUGGAAGAAAUGGCCUGGCUUCAACGACGAACAUAACAUGGACCAUGAAUAUUUUGGGUUGGAGGUACCAUUGACCAUGGAAUCACACAAUAAACUGCUGCUGCUGGCCGCCACUUUCUUGUUGAAUUACAUGUUCUUCGAAAUGAGCUGAUCAAUGAACAGGAUCAAUGAAGAGUAAAAUAUUGUUGGAAAUGGGCUACAACUAAUGACUCACACCAGCCAAGUCAGUUUAUGGAACAACAGACUAUAUG